UUUCUUUGUACCAUUACUAGUAUGACAGAUUCAGAUGAAGAGCUGGACAACAACAGGGUUGAAGAGCUGUAUCAGCCCCUAGAUACCAAAGAUUUGCCAAUACAGAUAGACUGGAACGCAAGCCUACCUCCCAACAUCAGUGUUCCAAGAAUUGACAUUCACAGCAUCAUCCUCGAUUUCUCAGCAGUAUCAUUCCUUGAUGUUUCAGCUAUGAGAAUCAUUGGAGAGACUUUGAGAGAAUUCAUCCGGGUUGAUGUCGAAGUCUACAUUGUAGGCGCACAUGGUAAGCUGACCCUGUUCCAUUCAUGACUUUAAAAGAGCAAUGACGGUCUCAAAAUGUGCGUCUCACAUAGGCUGUAGCCUA